AUGGAGGUCCACGGUAUUGGCGCCAUUCUUGAUUACACUGUCAAUGGUGGUGACUUCUUCGCACCACUGGUGGUUCUGCCAUUUUAUCCGAUCGGGAAAAUCAUAGGUGGCCGGAGAUUCUUAGAAACCCUCUUACUCGUUGAUGGGUUUGUUCACAAAUCAAUGAUUGUGGCUGUUUUUGUUCUGCGAAGUGAAGUUUAUUUGUAUGUAAUGACAAAGAAAGAAAAUGCUAAACGGAUCAAUUUUGAUCUCAAUAAAAUGGAUAUUUAUUCUCAGUUCUAUUCCACCGCUGAUGGCUCUUAUGAUGACUAUAGUUUUGCUUGUGCCUCUGAUUUUGAGAUUGGUGAAUCUAGGAAGGUUUCAUCGGUGGCCGAUUGUUCGGUGGAUGUCGAAAAUGAGGUGGGUGAAAUCAAAGUGCAAUUGCGGAAAUCAGAGAGUGAUUGUCGAAUCUGUCAUCUGAGUUUGGAGAGUACUGGUCCUGAGUCUGAGAUUGCCAUUGAAUUGUGUUGUUCUUGUAAGGAUGACNUGGCCGAAUCUGAUUGUUCGAUGGAUGUCGAAAAUGAGGUGGGUGAAAUUAAAGUGCAUUUGGGGAAAUCAGAGAGAGAUUGUCAAAUCUGUCAUCUGAGUUUGGAGAGUACUGGUCCUGAGUCUGGGAUUGCCAUUGAAUUGUGUUGUUCUUGUAAGGAUGACUUAUCAGCAACUCAUACGCAUUAUGCUGAUACUUGGUUCAAGAUUAAGGGAAACAAGUGA